UUAACCCAACUCAAGAAUCCAUAUACUAAAAUCUGAUAGUAUUGUUGAUCCUUUUAUUCUGGAACCAUGGUAUCCAUCAAAAUUCUAGCAUUCUGGCGGUUACUUUUCUCCUUUCUCUUGGUCUUUCUAACAUAUUCUUCACCCCAAGUGGCUUUUUUUCCUAGAAUGGUUUCUGCUGCCAGCACAGUUACUGUAGCUGUGAACAGUGAAGCAGAGGCACUGUUGAAGUGGAAAGACAGCCUUUACAUGCCCACCAAUGAUCUUUUGUCAACAUGGAGCGGUAAUAGUCCUUGCAAAUGGGAAGGAAUUCAGUGUGACAAAUCCAACUCUGUCUCCACCAUAAAACUUGCAAAUUAUGGACUCAAAGGUACACUCCACACUCUCAACUUCUCCUCAUUCCCCAACCUCCUCACCCUAGAUAUCAACAACAACUCCUUUUAUGGAACCAUUCCCCCACAAAUUGGUUACAUAUUCAAAGUUCACACUUUCAACUUCUCUGUAAAUUCAUUUAAUGGUUCCAUCCCUCAAGAAAUGUGGACAUUAAGGAGUUUACGUAGCCUAGAUCUUUCCAUAUGUUAUCUAAGUGGAGCGAUUCCUAAUUCCAUAGCAAACUUGUCCAACCUGUUAUAUCUAGAUUUAGGUAGCAACAGUUUUUCUUGUCACAUUCCUCCAGAUAUUGGAAAGUUGAACAAGUUGAAGCAUCUAGUUCUUGCUGAUAGUAAGCUUUUCGGUUCCAUUCCUAAAGAAAUUGGAAUGUUGACAAGCCUCCGAUAUAUUGAUCUGUCAAGAAAUUCUCUCUCUGGUACUAUCCCUAAAACGAUAGGUAACUUGAGUAGUUUAAACAUACUUUCCCUUUCCGAAAACUCCCUGUCUGGACCAAUCCCAAACUCCUUAUGGAAUCUGUCAAGCUUGAACUUGUUAUACCUUAAUAUCAAUAGGCUUUCUGGAUCAAUCUCCACUUCCAUACAAAACUUGGUUAGUUUAGAAGUACUUUUACUUCGUGACAACCAACUUUCGGGAUUCAUUCCUUACACCAUUGGAAACUUGACAAAUCUCACCUAUUUGUAUUUAGGCUUUAACAAACUUUCAGGGUCAAUUCCUCCUUCUAUAGGAAAUUUGGUCAAUUUGCAGGCACUUAGUUUCCAAAAAAACAAUCUCUCUGGAACAAUUCCCGCAACAAUAGGAAAUUUGAAAAGCCUCACCAUUUUAGAAUUGUCUACCAACAAAUUUUAUGGAAGCAUUCCACAAGUCUUGUAUAACAAUACCGAAUGGUAUUCCCUGUUACUGUCUGAGAAUGAUUUCACAGGCCAUUUACCACCUCAAAUUUGCUCUGCUGGGAACCUAAGGUACUUUAAUGUUCAACACAAUCGUUUCACGGGACAAGUGCCAAGUAGCUUAAAAAAUUGCUCUAGUAUUGCUAGACUCAGGCUGGAAGGAAACCAAUUGGAAGGAGAUAUAGCACAAGACUUUGGUGUCUAUCCAAAUUUGGAAUACAUUGAUUUGAGUGACAAUAAGUUUUAUGGCCAAAUUUCACCAAACUGGGGGAAGUGCCCCAAUCUUGGUAGCUUGAUGAUAUCCAACAAUAAUCUCUCUGGUGGUAUACCAAUUGAGCUUUCUGAGGCAACUAAGUUAGGCAGGUUACACCUUUCUCUGAAUCACUUGACUGGAAAGCUACCAAAAGAGCUAAGUAAGCUAAAAUCAUUAGUUGAAUUGAAGAUCAACAACAAUCAUCUUUCAGGAAACAUUCCCACUGAAAUAGGAUUGUUGCAGAAUCUUCAAAUCUUGGAUCUUGGGAAAAACAAGUUGAGUGGCACAAUACCAAAACAAGCUAUAACGUUGCCCAAUUUAAUAAAAUUGAAUUUGAGCAAUAAUAAAAUAAAUGGAAGGAUUCCCCUUGAGUUUAGCCAAUUACAAUCACUUCAAACACUUGAUCUUAGUGGGAAUUUGUUGAAUGGAACAAUACCAGGAGUGCUCGGAGAGUUGAAGCUAUUGCAAUGGUUAGAUCUCUCUCACAAUAAUCUUUCUGGAAGUAUUCCUUCCAGUUUUGAUCACACGUCAAGUUUGAUUUCGGUGAACAUAUCAUACAACGAGUUAGAAGGGCCACUUCCAAAUAAUCAAGCCUUUCUGAAGGCUUCCAUUGAAUCGUUGAAAAAUAACAAAGGCUUAUGUGGCAAUGUUACUGGCUUGAUGAUUUGCGCAACCAACCAUAUUCAAAAAAGGCACAAGGUUAAUCUACUGAUAUUAUUUCUUAUCUUGGGUGCUCUUAUGCUAUUUUUGUGUGGGGUGGCUGUUUCAAUGUAUAUUCUUUGUCGAAAAGCAAAGAAGAAAGAAACCCAUGCUAAAGAAAAAGAAGAGGCUGGAGAAGUGUUUUCCAUAUGGGGUCAUGAUGGAAAAAUUAUGUUCGAAAAAAUCAUUCAAGCUACCAAUAACUUCGAUGACAAAAAUCUCAUUGGAGUCGGAAGGCAAGGAUAUGUUUACAGGGCUGAGUUUCCUUUAGGUCAGGUUUAUGCAGUGAAGAAACUUCAUUUGGAAACAGAUGGAGAGAAACCCAAUUUUAAAGCUUUUGAAAAUGAAAUUCGAGCUUUGACUGAAAUCAAGCACCGUAACAUUAUUAAGCUCUAUGGAUUUUGCUCACAUCCACAGGUUUCAUUUUUGAUUUAUAAGUUCUUGGAAGGGGGUAACUUGGAUCAAAUACUGAGCAAUGACACAAAAGCAACUGCAUUUGAUUGGGAAAUGAGGGUGAAUGCUAUUAAAGGUGUGGCCAAUGCUUUAUCCUAUAUGCAUCAUGGUUGUUCGCCUCCAAUAAUUCAUCGUGACAUAUCAAGCAAGAAUGUUCUUUUGGAUUUACAAUAUGAAGCUUAUGUUUCUGAUUUUGGGACAGCUAAGAUUCUAAAGCCUGGUUCACACACUUGGACCUCAUUUGCAGGCACCUUUGGGUAUGCAGCUCCAGAGCUUGCCCAGACUAUGGAAGUGACCGAGAAAUGUGAUGUAUUCAGUUUUGGUGUGCUUUCUCUAGAAAUCAUGAUGGGAAAGCAUCCAGGAGAUCUUAUUUCUUCAUUGUUGUAUUCAUCUUCAUCAACAGUAGCAUAUAAUUUGCUACUAAUUGAUGUGUUAGACCAAAGACCACCUCAACCUCUAAGAUCAAUUUUUGGAGAUAUCAUUUUGGUUGCAAGCAUGGCAUUUUCUUGCUUGAGAGAAAAUCCAUGUUCUCGCCCAACCAUGAAUCAAGUGGCGAAAAACCUAAUGAUGGAGAAAUCACCCAUAGCAAAACAGUUGCCUGUGAUUAAACUUGGACAACUCCUCUAAAGCACUAAAGCACUUAAAUAUUUUUUAUUUUCUUGUUCAUAAACCAUUUAUCCUUUAGAUUAUGUUGCAAGAUUGUUUGUUUUGUAUUGUAACGAGAUUUAUAUAUAAAUUAUUUAUUAUUAAUUAAUAUACAUAUUAUAUAUGCAAAUAUAUCC